AUGGUCAACGUUGCUGUCGUCGGAACCGGGAUCUUUGCUACCGAUACUCACUUGCCAGUGCUCCAAGCUAACCCUGACAUCACCGUUGUGUCGUGCUACAACCGCACCAAGCUGAAGGCGGAGGCCUUCGCUGAAAAGCUGGGAGCUCAAAAGGUGUACGACACCCUUGACGAAGUGUUUGCUGACCCUCAAGUUGACGCCGUCGACGCGUUGUUGCCCGUACAAAACAACGCCGAUGUCGUGAAGAGAGCGAUUGCUGCCAACAAACCCCUCACCAUUGAGAAGCCCAUCGCCGCCAACUUGGACCAGGCGAGAGAGAUCGUCCAUGCCACCAACAACUCCAACGUCCCCGUGCUUGUGCUUGAGAACUGGUGCUACCGUAACGCCAUCGCUAAGCUCCGCGAGCUUGUGGCCAAGAUUGAACCGGUGGCGUUCACUUACCGUAGCACUGGACCUUUCGCUCCUAACAACAAGUACUUGAACACGCUGUGGCGACAAAACCCCGAACACGUCGGUGGCUACUUAAGUGAUGGUGGUGUGCACCAAUUGGCCCUUCUUACCGAAGUGCUUGGCGACGUGAAGCUGGUGUCGGCUUUGACCAAGCAAUUGCGUGAUGUCAGUGGCGAUAAGGACAUCUUGUUCUCCACCUUCACCAUGGAGUCGGGUUUGAUUGGUACCUUCACUUACGGGUCUACUUUUGGGGCUACGGAAAAGAAGCUCCAGUUCGAGAUCUACGGUACUAAGGGUUCCAUUGUCUACGACUUCUCCCCUCUGCUCAAACAGCUGAAGAUCACUUACCGCGAAGGCGGUAACCUUGACGAAGCCAAGGAACCCCAAACCAUUGACGUUGACGAAGGCAACACCAUUGCCGCCGAAUUCGCCAACUUUGUCGACGCCGCUAAGACCGGCGACAAGCUGAAGUUGACGUGCACUCCCGCCGCUGCCUUCCACCACUUUGCCAUCGUCGUUGCCUGCAUCGAAAGUAACGGUAAUGUCGUUGAGGUGGCCAAGCCGUAA